AUGUGCCCAUUCCCUGGAUCCGGUGACCUGCAGGCUCGCAUAAACUCUUUCCCAAACAACCUCAAGUUCGUCCAUGGCGUCGACAAUGCUCGUCUACAAGGGGGACAAACCCCAUGGGUCUGGGGCAGAGACGAUGCCGCCGCCGCCUGCUGCCUUGGAUGCCCCUCGGAGAGCGUCUUUUGCUGCUGUUACAGCUACUCGCGGACGUGGACUCGCCUGGAGAUGGCCGCCAGUGGCCGCGAUGCCACCAACAUACCCGAGAUUCGCAAUUGCAAUUGCGACUGCGCCGGGUUUGCACUAGGGUUUCCAUUCUACGCUUUUUGCCUGGGUUCGCUGCAAAAGUCCGUCCGCAGAUACUACGGCAUUGACGGUGAUGAUUGUCAAGACUAUUGUGAUGCCUGCUGCUCUCCCCGUCGGACCCUUGUGCGAGCUGAAGGAGAAAUCAUCUUCCGCGAGCAAACCCGAGGUGGCAAUCAAGGCGAAAAGGUGGACGACACGCAGUAUAUCUGCUACGAUCCAAUGGCCUAUCCCAUCAAACAAGCGCAGCUUACUCCAGCAGUUCGUCUACAGGCCGCUUCUCGUCCACAGGCCGCUCCUCCCAAUGCCCAGCCCCUGCCCCCUAGGGCCAUUAUCCGACGGCCUAUGCACACCUUGGAAGACGACUUUGCCACGGCGAGCACAGCCAAACAGCAUGAUCAUGAUCUUGGCGACGACCUGGAGAGCGCGGCUCUUACCGUGCCUACUCCUCACGACCUGGGGGCCACAUCACCGCGACCAGUGCCUGUGAAGAACGAGACUGGGUAG